AUGGGGCUGAUCUCCCCUCACAUCAUGAAUUCUGCCUUGAGGUACUCCUCAGAGCUGACCCUGGAUGACAUUUUCAGAGAUUACCACUUCGAGUACACAGAGUGCGACAGCAGUGGCUCCAGAUGGAGGGUGGCUGUCCCGAAUCCGUCAGUGGAGUGCUCUGGACUACCCGACCCGGUGAAAGGGAAGGAAUGCACUUUCUCCUGUGCCUCUGGCGAGUACCUGGAGAUGAAGAACCAAGUGUGCAGCAAAUGUGCAGAAGGGACCUACUCGCUGGGCAGCGGGAUCAAGUUUGACGAGUGGGAUGAGCUGCCAGCAGGUUUCUCCAACGUGGCGACUUUCAUGGACACAGCGGUUGGCUCGACUGAGAAUAAAGCUGACAACUGCAACAACUCUUCCUGGACACCUCGAGGGAAUUACAUAGAGUCGAACAGGGAUGAUUGUACAGUUUCUCUUAUCUACGCUGUGCACCUGAAGAAAUCCGGCUCUGUCUUCUUCGAAUACCAGUAUAUUGACAACAACAUCUUCUUUGAAUUUUUUAUACAAAAUGACCAGUGCAAAGAGAUGGAGUCCACGGCAGACAAGUGGGUGAAACUAACAGACAAUGGAGAAUGGGGCUCUCAUUCUGUAACUCUGAAAUCGGGUAGCAAUAUAUUAUAUUGGAGAACAACAGGGAUUCUCAUGGGGUCCAAAGUAGUAAAACCAGUUCUGGUGAAAAACAUCACAAUUGAAGGAGUUGCAUAUACUUCUGAAUGCUUUGCAUGCAAGCCUGGUACCUUCAGUGACAAACCAGGUUCAUCUGGCUGCCAGGUGUGUCCAAGAAAUACUUAUUCUGAGAAAGGAGCUAAAGAGUGCACCAAGUGUAAAGAAGAAAUGUAUUAUGCAGAUGAGGGAUCCAGUGUGUGUAUAGAGCGUCCUCCAUGUACAAACAAAGACUUUUUCCAGAUCCAUACCCCGUGUGAUAAGGAAGGAAAAGUGAGUAGAAGGCAUGGUACUAUUUUUAAGCAUAUUGAUCUUACUGUGAUCUCCCGAUUUGAAAACAAG